AUGGCGUACAUGCCCGAAGGGCAAUCGCGAGUGCAUUCCUGUUGGACAAUCUCGACGUGCUUUCCCGAAAGGCAAUCACGAUAUGAAUUCAGAACCUGCUUUCCAGAAGCGCAAUCUCGACGGCGUGCAUUCCUGAAAGACAUUCUCGACGUGCAUUCCAGAAGCGCAAUCUCGACGAACAUCCCUGACGAACAAUUUCGUGCUUUUCCGAAGGAUAAUCACGACGUGCUCUCCGGGAGAGGCUGUUUGAUGCAGAUAAGUUUGAUAGUUUUCCAAAAAGAUAACGAAAUUGCUAGGUUUCUGAGGUUUACAAGGGCAAUCUCGACGUACAUCCCUGACGAACAGUCUCGUGCUUUUCCGAAGGAUAAUUACGACGUGCUCUCCGGGAGAGGCUGUUUGACGCAGAUAAUGUUUGUCCUGGAGGAUAAGGAAGCUGUAUUGCUACAAUUGUUGAUUGAAAUAUUCCGGUGCGGAGAAAGGGGGCGCGGUGCCGUUGUCUCCUCAAGGCUUCAGGCUAGAGGAAAAGAAAAAUGGAGAAAGCGUGAUGCUGGAUCUGCGGCUGGAAAUACCUCCCACAAUUUUCAAGAAAUUCCCUUUACAUUUACUUCAGAAAACCAAAAGUUUCACUGCCUUACAUCAACAUUCGAAAAUCCACCUCAAAUUCCCCUCAAAACACUCCUUUUUCCUGAACUACCAUCCACGUAUCUCCCUCUAAUGCUCGAUCUUGUUUCUCCUGAUCACGUCCUGGUCUCCCUCCGAAACGAAACGUUUGCGUCCGCGCGACGGCAGCUUCUUCAGAAUCGUCUCUGUCAAGAAGCCCAACUUAUGACAGCGAUCCACGAACCGAUCGAGUAUGAUGUACGCUAA